AUGAAUUGGAGUAACACCACGAUACCUUCACCUGCGAGCACGAGGGCACAUCCAUGGUUCGUGGUCUUCUGUGUCGAAGCGUUUAUCAUUGUAUGUGGUAAUCUUAUCACUAUUUUGGCAUUUGUCUCAAGCAAAUCCUCGAGAAAAAGUAAAUUCAUGCUGCUUACUAAUCUUUCCGUAGCAGACAUGUUAGUCGGCGCUUUUCCUUUGCCUUUAUAUUUAGCUUACCUAGGAGACGAAAUGUCCUUUUGGAACAUUCACUGGGGACUGGCUUUGAAGAUAACUAUGUUCGGGCUGGAUGUUCUUCUUGGAUUUGCAUCUCUGACAACUCUUACAGUGAUUUCUCUUGAACGUGUUUACGCCGCUUUGGUUCCAGUUGGUUAUCGCGGUCUCAGUUCGCGAAAUUAUUUGUUUGCCAUCGCGUUGAUUUGGUCUGUUGCUUCGACCACCACAGUCGUUUGCCUUGUGAGUAAUUUUGUGCUUAACUCCAUGAAAAUCGCAACCUAUGUAUCCAUGUCUCUGCUGAGCGUGCUCUGUAUUGUGAUAAGUGUCUCGUAUUUGACAAUAUGGCGCCGAAUCAAAUCGAAAAGAAGGUUCAUUCGUCAAAAGUCGAGCGAGUAUGAAAACAAACUAGCUUUGACAUUGUUUAUUGUGACACUCACCUCGCUUGCAGCCUGGCUUCCCUUUGUUAUUGUUAACGUUCUGUUCGUGUUUUCAUCGGUUCAUUUUAGUUUCAAUUUUGUUUAUUUUUCCAAAGUACUUCACUAUGGAAACUCCUUCGUUAAUCCUGUAGUUUACAGCUUAAGGAUGCCAGAGUUUCGCAGCUCGGUAGUUCGAAUUUUCUGCACGAGUUCUAGGCAGAGGAAAGGCGCCGCCAGCUGUCAGCGCAGCGUUACUGAAGAUGUUCAAAGUACCUCUCGAUCACCUCGAUGCAAAACACAAAAGGAUGAAUUGAGUACGCCCACUAAAAGCAAAAAUACCACAGUAACCUGGAGAAAAGGUAAUCCCCAGGAAGUCUCGGUUCUACUUACUGACCUGGGAGACACUGAAAAGUUUUGA